ACAAAUCCAAAUAACCCGGUUUGACGUUUGUAUUGCAAAUAAACGCAGCCAAAUUCCCCCAAAUGGGGAACGCCAUUUCACCCGGAAUCGGAAUAAUUAUUCCAAUUCAAAUAAACCCUUCUUCGCGAGAACCAAAUGGACCCUUAUUUCUCGGCUUAAGGGUCAAGCCCGAUUGCAAGGUCGUAGCUCGCGUAGUCUCUGUUAGUUAAUUUUUGGCUUAAGAUGCCAGCCCAACUCGAUGGAUCCAAUUUAUUUGGGCCCAUUUCAAUCACUAUCUUCUUUCCUUCCCUCGCAGUUGCAGUUGUUCAAAACUUCAAUUCAAUCACAGAACGCAGCCCUGAAGUUUGAAAAAGGAGGUCGACUUCAUGAUCGGAAUCCAUGGUGAAGUCUCCGGCUAAGAGUUUGCAGAAGUAGGGGUAGUUACAGUGUUCAUCCUUCGUCGCGGCUUUGCUUUUCACGCUUUAAAUUCUCAACAACUCGAGUAUCAAACAACUUUGCGCUGGUUAACCAGCAAACAUGCGAACCCUGAAGCCAGGCGGUCCAGGCCUAUCCUCAAGAGCUUUGUUCUCUUCCCUCUAUUCUUCUGUCUCCGAUGCACUUCUCUCGGACAAAGCUUACACCCUUCUGAAACGAUACCCCGACCAACUUGAUUCCUUAGCUCCCCAUUUCACAUCACAAGCAGCUUCCCAACUCCUACUCAAAUCCCAAUUCGACAAAACUAUUACCUUAAAAUUCGUCAAUUGGGCACGCAACCGGGAUUUCUUCGACCUCAGAUGCAAAUGUAUCGCCCUCCACAGCUUAACCAGAUUCAAACUCUACAAGACUGCCCAAACACUAGCCGAAGAGCUUGUCUCUCACGAAGUUGACAGCUAUGCAGCAGUCGGUUCUUCGGUUUUUGAGUGUUUUAAAUCUACUUACCAUCUCUGCAAUUCCAGCUCUUCUGUCUUCGAUCUCCUGGUAAAGGCAUACGCUCACUUGAACAUGAUUCGAGAAGCUUUGGAUGUUAUUAAUUUAGCAAAAUCUUCUGGUUUUGUGCCAGGGGUCUUGUCAUACAAUUCUGUUCUUGAUGCAAUAUUCAGGUCUAAAGGCUCCGUUGAGUCGGCGGAGGAAUUGUAUGGAGAGAUGAUUAGGUCUAAUGUUUCUCCAAAUGUGUAUUCCUAUAAUAUUCUUAUUCGAGGUUUUGUCGGAGUAGGGAAAUUAGAGAAGGCUCUAGAUGUUUUCAGUGAAAUGGAGAGGAAGGGCUGUGUGCCGAAUGUAGUUACUUUAAACACGUUGGUUGAUGCUUACUGUAAACUGGGGAAGAUCAAUGAAGCCUUUAGGGUGUUCGAGUCAAUAUCUCAAAGAGGUUUGCAGCCAAAUCUAAUUUCCUACAAUGUGGUCAUCAAUGGAUUGUGUCGAGAAGGACGUAUGAAGGAAACGGGUGAUGUUCUAGAAGAAAUGAACAGAAAGGGCUUGCUUCCAGAUAAGGUUACUUAUAAUACACUUGUUAGUGGGUACUGUAAGGAAGGGAAUGCCCAUCAAGCACUUGUUAUACAUGCUGAGAUGAUGAGGAAGGGUCUGUACCCAAACGUUGUUACCUAUACUGCAUUGAUAAAUAGCAUGUGCAAGGCUGGGAACUUAAAUCGAGCCAUGGAAUUCUUGGAUCAGAUGCGCAUAAGAGGCCUCUGUCCUAAUGAGAGAACUUAUACCACAUUGAUUGACGGCUUUGCCAAGCAAGGAUUAUUGGAUAAAGCAUAUCAAUUUUUGAAUGAAAUGACUGAGAGUGGCUUCUCACCUUCAAUUGUAACAUAUAACACACUAAUCAAUGGACACUGCAUUUUAGGAAGACUAGAUGAGGCUUUGGGAGUCAUUCAAGAUAUGGUGGUUAAAGGGUUAAACCCAGAUGUGGUAAGUUACAGUACAGUUAUAACUGGUUUUUGCAGAAAUCAGGAUUUAGAAAAGGCAUUCCAAAUGAAGCAGGAGAUGGUCAGGAAGGGUGUUUCGCCAGAUGCAAUUACAUACUCAGCACUAGUUCAAGGUCUCUGUGAUCAAAGGAGACUGGCUGAAGCUUGUGAUCUUUUCCAUGAGAUGUUGUGCAUAGGUCUGUCUCCCGAUGAAGUUGUAUAUACAACUCUGAUCAAUGGUUACUGCAUAGAAGGUGAUGUUAAAAAGGCUCUCCAUCUACAUGAUGAAAUGAUUCAGAAGGGGUUCCUUCCUGAUGUUGUUACCUAUAAUGUGCUUAUAAAUGGUUUAAGUAAGCAAGCUCGGACAAAGGAAGCCAAGAAGCUUCUAUUCAGGUUGAUUUAUGAAGAGUCAAUUCCAAAUGAUAUCACAUAUGAUACUUUGAUGGGGCAUUGCAGUAAUGCUGAAUUUAAGAGUGUGCUGGCUCUCAUAAAGGGAUUUUGCAUGAAGGGUUUGAUGAAUGAAGCAGAUCGAGUGUUUAAAUCUAUGUCUCAGAGAAACUGGAAGCCUAAUGAGGCAGCCUAUAAUAUCAUUAUACAUGGUCAUUGUAGGGGAGGCAAUAUACGAAAGGCACUUGAUCUAUAUAAUGAAAUGGUGACUUCUGGUUUUGUUCCUAAUACUAUAACUGCUAUUGCUCUCAUUAAGUCACUUUUCAAUGAAGGAAUGAGUGAGCAAAUGAGUAAAGUGAUACAAAAUAUUCUAAAGCUGUGUAGGCUUCCUGAUGGUGAGAUCACAAAGGCUCUUGUCAAGAUAAAUCAUAAUGAAGGGAACAUGAAUGAAGUAUUUGAUGUACUUACUAUAAUGGCCAAGGAUGGCCUCCUUCCUAACAGUGGGAGAAUUUUCAUUUCAAAGGAAUAAUUACUCUGGAUGGAUUACUCACUGGUUGAGCCUUUUCAAACACUCUACUGAACGUCUUCCCUUCCUAUGUCUGGAAUAGGACUCACCAAAUAGCAAGAAUCCCUAUGUCAUUCCCUUUUGAUCAUUAUGGGUGCAAGUCGACAUAGCGUGGGGCCUAGAGGGUCUAGGCCCGUUCAAUUGUUUGCAAAUGCUCAACCUGAGCCACGCAAGUUGCAGCCCUAUUAAUCAUAGCAACAAAUGCUUUAUUGGACUUCAUGCGGCAGAUACUUCAAGUCUUUGCCUCCUUGGCAUCUAGAAAUUGAAAAGGAUAUAAGGGGGACUAAUUAAUUGAAUAUCAGAGUGUUGACUUUCAACUUCCCUUAUGCUGUGUCUGGCUUGAAGGAAAAGGUAGGGAAACCUAUACAAACCAUAAAGGUGAAAGUAAGAAGCUAUUAUCACUGAUCUCCUUCAUUGGAGUUAUUUCUAUUCUGGUUCAUUUUGUUUACAAGUAUAUUGUUGGACUAAAUUAUUGAAAUUUCUAUGAACAGAGACAUUGUAAUUGCAAUUUCAGAGU